AAAGUGAAGGUCUUAAAAUGAGUUGGUGUUUGAGCAAAGUCUCCGCAGCUGUUCUGCGAGGGAGCGCUAGGACUCCGCAGGCCUGUGGCUCCUUAUCCGUCCUGCGAUGGCUUAGUUCAGACAGCGUAUCGCCCGAGCACUUAGACGGCUUGGUGAAGAAGGACAAAGUGGUGGUGUUCAUCAAGGGCACCCCGGCCCAACCCAUGUGCGGCUUUAGCAACGCGGUGGUGCAGAUACUCCGCAUGCAUGGAGUGAACGACUAUGCGGCCUAUAAUGUGCUGGAAGACCAGGACCUGAGGCAGGGGAUAAAGAAUUAUUCAAACUGGCCCACCAUACCUCAGGUCUACUUUAAUGGUGAAUUUGUGGGAGGCUGCGAUAUCCUACUUCAAAUGCAUCAGAAUGGAGACCUUGUAGAAGAGCUGAAUAAGUUGGGAAUUCACUCUGCGUUGUUAGAUGCUGAACCAAGCCAAGAGAAAAAGUAAUGCACUGUGUUAUGAACUAUAUGUGACAAAAGGAUAACGGCCUGAUUAAAGCCUUAUGCUCCUGGAGGAACUGUUGUACAGAUGCUCUGACGUGCAAAAGAAGUCCAUGAAAUGUUCUCUAUUAAUAAAUCAAGCCUGGCGGAUGGGUCUCCACCACAAUGUGCUGAAGCCUGUCUGUCGGGGAGUAGAUCUGUGUAAUAUAUUUAGAGAAUGACCACUGAUUUAUGGAGAAAAAAAAUUACAUAAGUAAAGUAUUGUAAACAAUAAAUUAUAUGUGUUUAUC